GUUGAAUCUCCCGCCAGCUCCCUCGAGUUCAAGAAAAUUACGACCUUCACUCUUUCACAGUCUAUCCUACUUUAAUCACAUUUAAUGAGACACCUCCGUGACGCGACAUGCAGCUAUGCCUCAGGAACAACUAUUCGUAUGACUUCUGAUAAUACCACGACGCUGGCGUUGCGAUUAAAUCAAAUGACUACCCCUACACUCUUUUCUCCUUCAAACACACGAUACGUAAAUCACGAGGACCACAACGAAUUUUUAAGAUUGUCUCCGGAUUCUCAGUCCAAUGGGUUCCUAAAGUCACCUUCUCGUUGCCUCCUCGCUGGGCUUGGUAUCCACUACCAAUUUGAUUCCAGUAAUUUCAUGCAAAUUGGCGAAAGACAGUAUUUGUACGGCGAGGGACAAAAUGCUUCGGAUGUGCUGGCGGACGAUAUCAGUAGCGCCCAAAAUCAUUCAAACCCUCCGCGCGCGGCACCUCGGCUAAUAGAUCAUACUGCCGAAGUCCUCAGUCGCUUAAACGAGUCUCAAAGCUCCUUAACUUUUUCAAGCGACACCUCGCUACCUAACCUUGGGCACUCAUCUUCAUCGUCAUCGGCUUCCUUAGCUUCUGCUCGGUCUGUCUCUGACAACGAGGAAGGUCAGGCUUCAAGAGAGUUCUCCCUGGCUUGUCACCUCGCGGAUGAUGCUCUCUCUUGUUCACCUUCCAACAUUGGUCUCGUUCCUGAUGUCAACAUGUACAACCUUGCGCUGUUUACGAAGUCACCCAGUGUAGGUGUCGAUCCUUCAGCCAUCAUGGGACAGUUACCUGCGUCCCCUCGAGCAUUUCUGUCGCCUCGCCUCACCCCUCGUAAUGUCGCCUUCCGUUGCUCUCCGCUGUACAUUCACGAUUCAGUUCCCUCCACUCUUGGCGUGAUGCGGGAAUUGACACCCGGUGCACCAUCUCGGGAUUGCCCAUCGCCACGUCUAAUCCACGAUAUUGUUACCAUCUUGUCCACUUCUGCAACACAGGAUACUGACCAGCCCCAGCCCAUGCCAGCUAUGUACAGCGAACAGUCAUCCUUCGAGCAAUGCGCUCCGCAGAAGAGGGCACCCCCGAUAAUCAAGAUGGAGACAUUGCCAGAUGCAUCUAUAUUGCGUGUGUUCUCCCCCAAACAAGAGGAACGUUACGCUCUUUCUAGCUGCGACAACUUCUUGUUCCCUUCCUCCAACAAUGUGUUUUCGCCAAGGCAGACCAAAUUCGAGCCAGAUCGCGGAAUCUACAACGAUCCACAUCCAUCGCCGAUUCUUAACGCGCACAUGGGAAUUGAACUGUCUGAGCUCGCCUUCAGAGCCGAGCGCUAUAAGGCACGCCAUUCUGCACAAGAGAUUGAUCGAGGAUGGUUGAUGCAUUUCGCGGGCAAGUUGAGCGACCGCGGAGAGCUUAUAGAAGAAUUCCGAUGCUACGUUGUCGGGUGUGGCCAGAGGAACAAGCGCAGAGAUCAUAUCAUUGUACAUGUUGGGGCUCACGUUGAUCAGCGGCCAUUCGGCUGUUCCAUGUGCCCACAGCGGUUUCUCCGCAAGAACGAAUGCAAACGUCACGAGGCGAGCCAUAGUGGGGUGAGACCGUAUCAUUGCGAAGUUUGUGGGCAGACCUUCGUUCGUCAAGAUUUGCUGAAGAGACACACCAAGCGGACUCAUGGAUUAGAGAAGGGGACUCGCGGUGCAGGCUCGCGCCGUAAGAAGGCGAGGACUGAGUGAUUUCGUUGUUAACUCGUUCGACAAUGGAGACACUUCCUAAUAUCGGUGACAGUCAAAUUAAUCAAGA